AUUGAAGAAUGUGCUCACUUUUCCUACAUGUAUAAGGAAGACGGCGGUGACGGUUUCAUUGUUUGAAAAUGAGACUUAGAAGCCAGAUUGUGGUUUCGGGGUUAUCCCUGGCGGUUGGCGCUGCACUGGGUGCAGGGGUGACUAACUGGAGACUACAUGACAAGACUGGAUCUGACUCUCUAUAUCCAAUCGUACAGGCAGCAUCAGAGGUGUCUCUCCCCCCGGCUUCUGCCAUCACUCGAUUUGGAUUGCCUGGCAUCAGCCAGCUUAAGACUCGCCAGUCACACAUCCUCAGCUAUGAUUCAAGACUGCGUGGCCCAGCGUGGGUUCUAGAACAACUGAACAGCGAGCGCAUACAGGGCACAGCUGACCGGAAGAACUGUGACUUCAAAGCAGAUGAAUCUGUACAUCGUUACCACCAGGCCACAAACUCAGACUACCGGAGAAGUGGAUUCGACCGGGGACACCUGGCGGCAGCCGCCAAUCAUAAGUGGAGCCAGCAGGCUAUGGAUGAAACUUUCCUACUGAGUAAUGUGUACCCGCAGAAUCCAAAUCUCAAUCAAAACGCCUGGAACAACCUGGAGCAAUACUGCCGAACACUAACCAAGAGUAAUAGGAACGUGUAUGUGUGCACCGGUCCCCUAUUCUUACCCAAGAUGGAAGAGGAUGGUAAGAUGUAUGUUAAGUACCAAGUGAUUGGCACCAACAAUGUGGCUGUCCCAACACACUUCUUCAAGGUAGUCGUCCUUGAGAAGUUCAACGGAGAGAUUGAACUGAGACCCUACGUCAUGCCAAACUGUCCUGUAGAUGAUAAGAUCCCGCUGGAGCGCUUCUUGGUGCCCAUAGACAGCAUUGAGCGAGCUGCUGGUCUUCUGUUUGUACCGAACAUUCUCAAGACAACAAGUAACUUAAAAUCCAUUACCGCUGGUGGCAGAUGAUGCUGUACCAAUU